GACUGGUAACGAAGCGUGAGCGAAGAUUGUCGAGUGAGCGCGAAAGGGGUGUCGCAGGUCAACAGAGCGCCGAAGCCGCCUCCGGAAGUUUCCGAACGCCCCCGAAGCUCCGGGGAGGGCAGGCAGCGGCGCCACACAAGAUGGCGGACGGGGAGGAGGUUACUCUGGACGGGAGGCCGCUCCAGGCGUUGAGGGUCGCCGACCUGAAGGCAGCCUUGGAGCAGCGCGGCCUGGCGAAGAGCGGACAGAAGAGCGCGUUAAUCAAGCGCCUCCGCGGGGCCCUGAUGCUUGAAAACCUCCAGAAACACUCAACCCCACACACCACCUUCCAACCCAAUUCCCAGAUUGGGGAGGAGAUGAGCCAAAACAGUUUCAUCAAACAGUACUUGGAAAAGCAGCAGGAGUUGCUGAGGCAGCGUCUGGAGCGGGAGGCCCGGGAAGCAGCAGACCCUGAGAGCAAGUGUUGUGUCGUGUCCCGGGAGAGGGGAGAGCCUGACGAAGAAGGAGUGAGAAGACAAGAGCAGCAUUCCUCCCGGCUUAGGCAGGCCAGAGCUGUUAAGACUGCAGGAGGGGUCCAUGCCCCGGUCAGCGAAGAGCGGGAAACAUCUCUUCGGAGUCGGAGGAUCGCACAACAGGCACCUGUAAAAGAGGAGGAGGAAGAGGAUGACGACGAGGAGGAAGAAGAGGAGGAGGAGGAAGAGGAGGAGGAGGAAGAAGACGAGGAAGCUGCCUCUCUGCUGGCAAAGCAGACGUCCAAGGGCCAGGCUGAGCCUGGAGUGCCGGCUGAGCCUGGAGUGCAAGCUUCCCAGGAGACAGGCUCGUGCCAGGCAGCAACACCCGUUGUCUUAGAGGCCCAGCCGAAGGAGGCCCUGGCCAAGACCCCAGACGCCCAGGAGGCCGAAGCUGCAGCACCCCUUCUCCCUCCCCCCAAGGGCCUGGGGGAAGGGAAGGGGGGGCCUCCAGCACCAGAAUGCAGGGAAGAGCCCCAGGGAGCUGUGGCACAAGAACCCCAGGAGGAACAGGGUGGGCCUGGGGAGCUGGGGCUUCCGGACAAGGAGCCAGUGGGAGCCGCAGCAUCAGAGGCCAUCGCUCUGCCCCCGGAAGCCCCGCAGGCAGGAAGAGCCCAGGAAGUGACGCCGCAGGCAGAGCAAGGGGUGCCCGACAUCCCUGAGACGCCAGACGGGCAGGCGGCGGGCCUGGGUGACGGGGGAGCUGGCCCUCUGCAGCCCCCGCAGCGGGUGGAGGAGGCCCCCCGAGAGGAAGACCAGGAGGAAGCAGCAGAAGCCCUCCGGACCCUGGAGGAGGCGGCGGCUGCCGCAGCGGCUCUCAUCCAGGCCUCCCCGUCACCCCCGCAGCUCAUUGAAGCACAGCACGCCCAGCCGGACCACGGGGGAGAUGAGCCGCCGCCUCCUCUCUUGACCAAGGAAGCCCCCGCUGGGCCCAGCCCCACGGGAGACGAAGCCCCGCCUCAGCUCUCCCGACCGUCUCCCCCCUCUCAGGAAGCUCCGGCCGCGGUCAGCCCUGGCCUGCCAGAGGACAGGCCCCGCCACUCGCCAUCUCCCUUGCCUCUCCCUCAGCGCCAGCAGGCCAGGCCAGGAGGCUCCCGCUCCUCCCGCUCCUCUUCCUCCUCAGCGUCCACUUCCUCCCGCUCCCGCAGUAGCUCCCAGCCCCGCUCCCGCCCGAGGAGACCCCGCUCCGGCUCUUCCGAGUCGCCUGCCAGGAAGCGGUGGGCCUCGGGCUCCCGCUCCCGUUCUGGCUCCGAGUCCGGCUCCAGGUCCCGCUCCAGCAGUGAGAGCAGCAGGAAGUCCCGCAGUCCUGAAGCCUCGAGGGACAGCACCAGCUACCCCCACACCAAAGAGUCCUCCCCCCGAGGGGAGACCCCGCCGCAUCGCAGCAGCCCCCAGGCCCAGCAGGACAUGUCGUCCAGUCCCAGGGAAGAGGAAAGGGCCGCCUCUUCUCCCCCUUUGGAGCCCUCGAGAUACCCCAGCCAGCAGGAGCAGGAGGAGCAGCAGGAGACGGAGAGUGCAGUCCCAGAGCGAGGCAGCUCAGAGCCCUCCUUUCCCAUGGAGGCCGCAGGCCUAGACAGUGGGGUCCCUGUCUCAGAGCCCCAGCACCCGUCUCAGCAGCAGCAGCAGCAGCAGCGCAGCAAAAGCGAGGAGAAGCAAGAGGUGCCAAUGGAGCCGUCUGAGCCCCGACCAGAGAGCGAGGCUCCUGAGCCGGGCCCCGAUGAACACACAUCCCCAGAGCCCUCUGGACCUGGCGCGGGCCCCGAAGAUGAGGAGAAGAAAGAGGGUUCAGCCCAGCCGAAGGCCAUCAAGAGGAAGAUCUCUGUUGUCUCGUCGGCAGUGGCCAAGGGCCCGGCAGCGACGAACAGCGACACGGAGGGGAGCCAGCCGGGAGGGCGGAAGCGGCGCUGGGGAGCCAGCACGGCUGCCACGCAAAAGAAGCCUUCCAUCAGCAUCACCACCGAGUCCCUCAAGAGUCUGAUCCCUGAGAUCAAGCCGCCAACAGGGGGCCAAGAAGUGGUGGUGGACCUCCAUGCCGAUGACUCGCGCAUCUCCGAAGAUGAAGCUGAGCGCCACCCAGAGGAGCCCACGCACGAGAAAGCCCUGAAGAUCUGCCGCACCGUCACACAGGUGGUGCCAGCUGAAGGCCAGGAGAAUGGCCAAGGGGAAGAGGAAGAGGAGGAGGAGAAGGCCCGUGAGGAAGAGCAACCGGAGGCUCCUCCUGUUGUUGCGGUGGAGGCCGUGCUGCCACCACCUGUGGAACAUGAAGUGAAAAAAGUCACACUGAGUGACACGCUGACCCGGCGGUCCAUAAGCCAGCAACGCUUGGGCGUCUCCAUCACCAUUGACGACCCCGUCCGCACGGCCCAGAUCCCCUCCCCUCCACGCGGUAAGGUCAGCUGCAUCGUCCACAUCUGCAACCUGGUGAGACCCUUCACUCUGGGGCAACUGAAGGAGCUGCUGGGCCGGACAGGCACUCUGGUGGAGGAGGCCUUCUGGAUCGACAAGAUCAAAUCGCACUGCUACGUCACGUAUUCGACGGUGGAGGAAGCCGUAGCAACUCGCAACGCCCUCCAUGGCGUCAAAUGGCCGCAGUCCAACCCCAAAUUCUUAUCAGCUGAUUUUGCUGAGCAAGAUGAGCUGGAUUUCCACCGAGGGCUGCUGGCCGAGCGUCCCGCAGAAGCCAAGACCGACGAAGCUUUGGCCCUCCCGGGGGCGGGCCCGGCAGCGCGGGGGGAGCGCGAUCUGUCCCGGCGCUCGGAGGCACGGGAGCGGGAGGCGGCCGUGCGAGAGCAGUGGGCCGAGCGGGAGCGAGAGAUGGAGCGCCGGGAGCGGACCCGGGCGGAGCGGGAGUGGGACCGCGACAAGGUGCGGGAGGGGCCGCGCUCUCGCUCCCGGUCCCGAGAGAGGCGCCGCAAGGAGCGGCCCAAGUCCAAGGAGAAGAAAGCGGAGAAGAAGGAAAAGGCACAAGAGGAACCCCCCGCGAAACUGCUGGACGAUCUCUUCCGCAAAACCAAGGCAGCCCCCUGCAUCUACUGGCUGCCCCUCACGGACACCCAGUACGUUCAGAAGCAGGCUGAGCGAGCCGCCAGAGCCCGGGAACGGGAGCGCCGUCGCAAGGAGCAGGAAGCGGAGGAAGCCCGCCAGCGGGAGCGCAGCCGCCAAGCCGAGCGGGAGAAGAGGCGGGAGCACAGUCGAGAGCGCGAGCGCCCCAACGCCACAGGAGGCGGAGCCAGCAGGGGGGCUGAGCGCAGCAGCGGCCGGGAUCGUGAGCGGCGUGAAGCGAAGACCCGCCACAGCCGGAGCCGGAGUCGCAGCACGCCUGUACAGGACAGAGGGGGGCGCCGCUGACCGAAUCCCGCUUCUUCACCUUGAUCGGGGGGGGGGUGCGGUGGCGGCGGCACACUUCCCUCGGAUCUAGCCCUGGUUUGUUGGGGGGAAGGAAGAAUGGGGGCUGGGCUUUCCCUUCCCAGCAGCUAUGGGGGGAGAGGGGAGGGGAGGAGGUGUUGUGCAGAGGAGACCGCCACCCACCGCAGGGUCCUUCACCUCCUCUCCCUCCCCUCCUAGCUUCAGCCCCUCCAUCCCCCUCUUCUCCUGGGGCCAGUUCCCUCCUCGUUAAUUUGUAUUUUAUUUUGGGGAAAUGGUGGGUUUUUUUUUUAUUCUGAUGAUAAAGGAAAGAGAGCAUAAUAAAGAGAUGGCGUUAGUUUUA